ACCCCUCUUUUCAUGCAUAAUCCGAUAUCAGAUCGAGAAAAAGAAAAAAUCACCUGAGAAGAAAAAAAAAAAGUUUCAUCAAACUCUUCGACACAAAAAUAAUCACAAACCAGCCAUGAUUCAAUCAGAGAUUCAAGAAGUUAACUACUUUGUCCCCGAAAAUCCCUCAUCCUUUCCGGCCUGUUACGGAUUGCUGCAAAACAACUUCCCCGAAUUACAGUUCAGCAGGUUCAUGAAUUACCAGGCCUCUCUACCAGGGAUCCAUGAUCUUGGUCUGAAUUCUUCAUGCAUCAGCAGUAACUCGACUUCUGACGAAGCAGACGAUAAUCCGGCGGGCAUCAUUGACGAGAGGAAGCAGAGGAGAAUGAUAUCGAAUAGGGAGUCUGCUCGGAGGUCGAGGAUGCGUAAGCAGAGGCACCUUGAUGAGCUGUGGUCGCAAGUUCUUCGUCUAAGGAAUGAAAAUCACAGUCUGUUGAGCAAGUUAAACGAUGUGUCGGAGAGCCAUGAUAGAGUUGUCGUCGAAAAUGCUAGGCUAAAGGAAGAAGCUUCCGAUCUUCGACAAAUGCUGAUGGAUCUUCAAAUUGGUAACUCCUACGCCAUUUUGAGAGAUCUUGAUGACACACCUUGCAAUAAGUCUCAUCUCAGGGAUGAAUCUCCAGCUCAGUCAGUUACAACAACCUCUGCAAACCUGCUUAUUUGAACAUCAUCAGCUCUUUAUCAUUUGUAUGUGUAACAGAGAGAGAGAGAGAGUGGGGGUAGAGAGAGAGAGGGAGAGUCGUCUAUGUGGCUGUCCAUUUUAUCUUCUUUUGUAUUACUACUGUUUUAACUCACUGCUAAUAAAUGUUUCCGUAACUUUUAACAUCUAUCCAUCGAUCAGAAUCAAUCAGGCAAUUCAUAUCCUCCAAGAAAAGUUCUUCAUCCUCCGAGAAGUAAAUUUCUGCAACCAAGUGUCUUGGCAUCAAGAAAUCAGAGUCCAGAAACCAGAAGAAUUGAAGGUUAUUACAGAAGGACAAAUGUAGGUGGAGACACUGGCGGUAGUGGAACAUAAUUCAAGAGCUACCACAAGAACCAAAAACAUCUGAAAGAAAUCGCACUAUCACUCAGCAGCAACUGUUUUCAUCUUUUUGUGAUGCAAGCAGGGCAGCUCACACAAUUAAUUCACAUAUCAAACAAAUCAAAACGAUCAUUCAGGUGUCUGCUUCUGUAGAACACUGCAUUGACUGUAAGAGAGGAUGAUAAAUGAAAUUAUCGAAUUGAUCUAUUCUUGCCUCUGCUAUUCAAGUAUUUAGUGGCAAUUGAAGUAAAUGUCAUCACCAAAUUUCUCAUCUUUGACAAGGGGUCUCGACUUUUAGACAAGGAUUGCUGACAGUUUGUCGUAUUGAACAAGUUGAAAGUUGGGAGUGACGAUAUAUAUACAGGAAGUGGCAUGCUCAACAGUGGCGUGAUGCUAACUAGAGAUACAAUGCCCAAUACGAAUAGAUAGAAUUUCGGCCAAGAAUUCAGGGAAUGAUCAGAGGAAAUUGUAGCCAUAAACGUGGAACGGUGGAAGACUCUGGUACAUGUUUUGUUUUGAUCUGUUUCGUGUUUGUACAUCUACAACGACAAAAGCAACC